AUGAGCAUGUUCCGGGAGAGGCAUUUGAUGUCGGAGAAGCCCUUUGAGUCUCCUAAUGAGACGCUCAAAGCGCUUUGCCUUGUGCUUGGAACAGAAAGUCUCCGUUUGCCAAGCCCGAACCCGGGCUCUUCUCUCAUCCCUUCCAUUCGUACCCACAAAGUGGGUGGUUCCCACUCCAUCACACCCUGGCUGGCAAGACAGGCUAUUGAAAAGGGAGGUCUCCUUGAGGAUUUCCCUCCCGAUGCCUGUCAGACUGUGCCCUAUAACCUGGAGUUGGCCUUCCUGCUCUGCUGCUCCCUGUGCGUGUGUCUGCCCAGAGCCUCCGCCAACAUUGUGGAACUGAACGACAUGUUUGGGGAGAAGUCGCCCAGCUUCCCCGAUUCCUAUCCCAGUGACUCGGAAGUGACCUGGAACAUCACAGUGCCCGAGGGCUUCAGGAUCAAGCUGUACUUCAUGCACUUUGACCUGGAAUCCUCCUACCUCUGUGAAUACGACUAUGUGAAGGUAGAAGCCGAGGACCAGGUGCUGGCUCUUUUCUGUGGGAGGGAGACCACGGACACGGAGCAGGCCCCCGGCCAGCAGGUGGUCCUGUCCCCCGGCCCCUUCAUGGCCCUCACUUUCCGAUCAGAUUUCUCCAACGAGGAACGCUUCACUGGCUUUGACGCCCAUUACAUGGCAGUGGAUGUGGACGAGUGUACGGAGAAGAGCGACGAGGAGCUGGCAUGUGAUCACUACUGCCACAACUACAUCGGGGGCUACUACUGCUCCUGCCGCAUCGGCUACAUCCUCCACACGGACAACAGAACCUGCAGAGUGGAGUGCAGCGACAACGUCUUCACCCAGAGGACCGGGGUGAUCACCAGCGCCGACUUCCCCGGGCCCUACCCCAAGAGCUCCGACUGCCUCUACAGGAUCGAGCUGGAGGACGGCUUCGCCAUCACGCUCCUGUUUGAGGAGAGCUUUGACAUCGAGGACCACCCCGAGGUGUCCUGCCCCUAUGACUACAUCAAGAUUAAGGCUGGGCAGAGAGAGUUUGGCCCUUACUGUGGAGAGAAAUCCCCGGGACGCAUCGACACCCAGAGCAACAGUGUCCAGAUUUUGUUCCACAGUGACAACUCAGGGGAGAACGGAGGCUGGAGGCUUUCCUACACAUCCACAGGAAACCCGUGCCCCAGCUUGCAUCCUCCUGCGAAUGGGAAACUUGAUCCCUUACAGGCUAAAUAUACCUUCAAAGACCAAGUGCUCAUCAGCUGUGAUACCGGCUACAAAGUACUCAAGGACAACCUGGAAAUGGACACAUUCCAGAUUGAGUGUCUGAAAGAUGGAACGUGGAGUAACAAGAUCCCGCCCUGUAAAAUUGUAGACUGCAGCACCCCCGCAGAGCUGGAGCACGGGCGCGUUACCUUUGCCACCAGGAACAACCUCACCACCUACAAAUCCCAGGUCCACUACUCCUGCCAGAAGCCCUAUUACACGCUGUUUCCCAACGUCACAGGCACGUACACCUGCGAGGCCCAAGGGGUCUGGAUGCACGGAGAGCUGGGGAGGAAGCUGCCCACUUGUCUCCCAGUGUGUGGUCAGCCCUCCCACUCCCUGCCCACCCUGGUCAAGAGGAUCAUCGGGGGCCGCAAUGCGGAGCCGGGCUUCUUCCCCUGGCAGGCCCUGAUCGUGGUGGAGGACACGUCCCGGGUGCCCAACGACAAGUGGUUCGGGAGCGGGGCCCUCCUCUCCGAGUCCUGGGUCCUGACGGCGGCCCACGUGCUGCGCUCCCAGCGUAGGGACAACACCGUCAUCCCCGUCUCCAGGGAGCACGUCACCGUCUAUCUGGGCCUGCACGACGUCCGGGACAAGGCGGAGGCGGUGAACCGCACGGCGGCCCGCGUGGUGCUGCACCCCAACUUCGACAUCCAGAAUUACAACCACGACAUCGCGCUGGUGCAGCUGCGGGAGCCCGUGGCCCUGGGGCCCCGCGUCCUGCCCGUCUGCCUGCCCGGCCCGGAGCCCGAGGGGCCGCUGCCCAACACGCUGGGGCUGGUGGCGGGCUGGGGCAUCUCCAACCCCAAUGUGACCGUGGACGAGGUCCUCAGCAGCGGCAUGCGCACCCUGUCCGACGUGCUCCAGUACGUGAAGCUGCCCGUGGUCCUCCACGCCGAGUGCAAGGCCAGCUACGAGUCCCGCUCGGGCAACUACAGCGUCACCGAGAACAUGUUCUGCGCCGGCUACUUCGAGGGCGGCAAGGACACCUGCCUGGGCGACAGCGGGGGGGCCUUCGUCAUCCAGGACCCGCUGAGCCGGCGCUGGGUGGCCCAGGGGCUCGUGUCGUGGGGCGGCCCCGAGGAGUGCGGCAGCAAGCAGGUGUACGGGGUCUACACCAAAGUCUCCAACUACGUGGGCUGGCUGGGGUCCCAGCUGGGCUCCCCGCAAGCCCAGGGGCGGGGCGAGCGGUGAGCCCCGGCAGGGGUCCUGGCUGCUCCUGGCGAGUCUGAUUCACCCCCACCCAUAAGCAGGAGGUGGACCCCAACACCACACCCAUCCCAGCUGGGCUCCCCACAGGCCCAGGGGCGGGGCGAGCAGUGAGCCCCGGCAGGGGUCCUGGCUGCUCCUGGGAACUCUGAUUCCCCCUACCCCUAAGCAGGAGGUGUACCCCAAUACCACGCCCGUCCCAGCUGGGCUCCCCACAGGCCCAGGGGCAGGGCGAGCGGUGAGCCCCGGCAGGGGUCCUGGCUGUUUCUGGCGAGUCUGAUUCACCCCCACCCAUAACCAGGAGGUGAACCCCAACACCACAUGCCAUGCCCUUUCCAGCUGGGCUCCCUGCAGGCCUAAGGGGGGGGGCUGAGCAGUGAGCCCCUCACAGCCUGCCAGGGGUCCUGGCUGCUCCUGGGAACUCUGAUUCCCCCUACCCCUAAGCAGGAGGUGUACCCCAAUACCACGCCCAUCCCAGCUGGGCUUCCUCUGCAGAUGUGGAAUUAAAAUCCCAAGAGGGCCGCCUUCCCUCCAAGGGGGAUCUCUCAGAAGGCCGGGGGCCGGGGCUUUCACUGCACCCACCCCUUGGCAAGCCCUUCCGGGGCACGCUGCUGGGGUCACUGGGCCCUCCAGCAUCCUUCAGCCAACUUCCUCUGUUCUACCUUCUUAUGGUUCUUUGGGUUCCAAGACUUGGUAGCACAUGGGGUGGGGGGAAGGAAGGGUCCAAAUUUCCCAAGAUACCCAUUUAGCAGGGUUCAGCUAGAGCCCUUCCCUUGACCCCCUUUCCCCUGAAUAGCAGAUGGGACCCAGCAGAAGGGCUGUCCCCGGCUCACAGGCCCAUCCUGCCCUGAAGUUCGGGAUCCCAGGCAGAGCUCCCUCCCUGGGCAGUGUCCGGGGCCUGAGACUGGCCCAGCCCGGUUUUGCCCCGGCCCGCGUUGUGUACCCGUAUAAUGGGCCAGUAGCGAAGGCCCCAGCCCUGAUCCCCCCGGCUCCUUCCCCAUCCCUUCCGCGGAGCCUCCUUCCCCAGCGCCCCCCGGGAGCCCAUGGGCUGGGCUCUGCUCUUGCCAGCAUCCCUGCCUCUGGCCCCCGUUGGGACCUUCCCGAGCCACCUGGCGCGUCAUCUGUAGAACGGGAGCUUUGGACCAGAAGACCGACUUUGGAAGGGCCUCCCACGAUCCUCUUCUCCACCAGGAACAGCCGCCAGCCUCACCCCCUUACUGGGGGAGGGCGGCCCCCCUUUCCAAGGGCUCUCGGGGCUUUAACAGCGACGCCCCUCCCAGGGGCCCCCUCAGGCCUCCAUUCUCGCUUGUCCUUGCAACCCUGACCCAGAGCCAGGGAGAUCUGACCCCAGACUGGCUCCCACACAGGAAGGGCUCAGGGGUCCAGCACAGACACCAGAGAACGUGGCAGAGACCCCAGGCCGGAGGCUCCCUAAGCCGGCGGCAAACACCCCUCUGCCUCCCAAGCGCACGGGCACCAGCCUCCACCUGCUGGGGAUCCCUGCAUUUUGUACUCCACGGCUUAAGUUUCCCCAGCUCCUUUCCUCGGGGACUGAGUUGGAAAUAAAGUCCCUCUGAACAGA